CUGAGCCGAAGGCAGACGCUUAACCUCUGUGCCACCCAGGCGCCCCUACAUAACAGUUUUAAAGAGUCUCCCUCUUGGGGAAAAAUUGACUACUACAUCUUAAAAUGCUUUAUGUGAUUAUUUUCUUCUAUGUAUUACUUUUAUGAUUAGAAGGAACAAAAGCUACAAAAAUACUUUCAGAGCUAUAGUUUGUUACAAAGCGCUGUCCUUUGGAUUAGAAAUGACACUGUUGUCGGGAAGGAGGAAUUUUCUCUGCCCUUCAAAGUCCUAGCUGGACUAAGAAUCAAAUUGACAUGAGACAGAUUAGCAGGAGAAAAUCAAAUUUAAUAGCAUACAUAAGAGGAAUCCUCAGAGACAUGGAAAUUCCAGAGACAGGCAACAUGAUUCUUAUGUGAGCUGAGGAAAAGGGGUAAGGGCCUGAGGAUACAAAGGGCAGAAAGACCAUUAGCAGGAAGAUGAGAAGAAAUGGUUGGAAAACAAAGAUUGCCUUAUGUAUAUGUGUCUUAGGUAGGGGAAUCUCUGUUAAUAGUUCUCUUCUUGGUACAAGCAGGCAGUUGAGGGGGAGGUAAAGAGCUUUUCCUGAAUCUGCUGAGUUUUGACUGCUUUUAACUCAAAACAGUGUUCAUACCAAAGUGGCCCAUCUUGGGGCAGCCAGCCCUUGGCCCCUUGUGCUAUUAACAAUAGAUACUAUGAUUUAGAUUUUCAGCAGUAUUGUUAGAGGAAUUAAUCUAGACCUGGAUCUGACUUCCCUUGUUUUCUAGGGAAUGUAUUUAUUAGUUAGUUUGUUUGUGGUUAUGUUACAAAGGGGACCCUAAGCUGCACAUACUGUUAAAAAUAACUGACCACUAUAUUUUCUUGGUUUUACUUGCUCAUUGGUCAAGGAAUAGGGUUAUCAAGGGCUCUGUGUAAAAUGUUCCCACUUAUCAAACAGAUACCUCUUCCUUACUGUCUGCAUCAGCUGGUAAAGGUGACUGUACAUAUGUGCAUUUUCCUUUUGGGAGAAAUGGUCCACAGCACUAACUGAAUUCAUCAUACAAUUGAAAUAAAAUGACAACCUCCUGGAGUGAUCGGUUACAGAAUGCAGCGGAUAUGCCUGCUAACAUGGAUAAACAUGCCCUGAAAAAGUAUCGGCGAGAAGCCUAUCAUCGGGUGUUUGUGAACCGAAGUUUAGCCAUGGAAAAAAUAAAGUGUUUUGGUUUUGAUAUGGAUUAUACACUUGCUGUGUACAAGUCCCCAGAGUAUGAGUCCCUUGGCUUUGAACUUACUGUGGAGAGAUUAGUCUCUAUUGGCUACCCUCAGGAACUGCUCAGCUUUGCUUAUGAUUCUACAUUUCCUACCAGGGGACUUGUUUUUGAUACACUAUAUGGAAAUCUUUUGAAAGUUGAUGCCUAUGGAAACCUUUUGGUCUGUGCACAUGGAUUUAACUUCAUAAGAGGUUCUCAGGUAGCUGCUCAGAAGAGACCAGAAACUAGAGAGCAGUAUCCAAAUAAAUUUAUCCAACGAGAUGACACUGAAAGAUUUUACAUUCUGAACACACUGUUCAACCUACCAGAGACCUACCUGUUGGCCUGCCUUGUAGAUUUUUUUACUAAUUGUCCUAGAUAUACCAGCUGUGAAACAGGAUUUAAAGACGGGGACCUCUUCAUGUCUUACCGAAGUAUGUUCCAGGAUGUAAGAGAUGCUGUCGACUGGGUUCAUUACAAGGGCUCCCUUAAGGAAAAGACAGUUGAAAAUCUUGAGAAGUAUGUAGUCAAAGAUGGAAAAUUGCCUUUGCUUCUGAGCCGAAUGAAGGAAGUAGGGAAAGUGUUUCUUGCCACCAACAGUGACUAUAAAUAUACAGAUAAAAUUAUGACUUACCUGUUUGAUUUCCCACAUGGCCCCAAGCCUGGGAGUUCCCAUCGACCAUGGCAGUCCUACUUUGACCUGAUCUUGGUGGAUGCGCGGAAGCCCCUCUUUUUUGGAGAGGGCACAGUACUGCGUCAGGUGGAUACUAAGACUGGCAAGCUGAAAAUUGGUACCUACACAGGCCCCUUACAGCAUGGCAUUGUCUACUCAGGAGGUUCAUCAGAUACAGUCUGUGACCUGUUGGGAGCCAAGGGCAAGGACAUUUUGUAUAUUGGAGAUCACAUUUUUGGAGACAUUUUAAAAUCAAAGAAACGGCAAGGGUGGCGAACUUUCUUGGUGAUUCCUGAACUUGCACAGGAACUGCAUGUCUGGACUGAUAAGAGUGCACUUUUUGAAGAGCUUCAGAGCUUGGAUAUUUUCUUGGCUGAACUCUACAAGCAUCUUGACAGCAGCAGCAACGAGCGCCCAGACAUUAGUUCCAUCCAGAGGCGUAUUAAGAAAGUAACUCAUGACAUGGACAUGUGCUAUGGGAUGAUGGGAAGCCUGUUUCGCAGUGGCUCGCGGCAGACCCUCUUUGCCAGUCAGGUGAUGCGAUACGCUGAUCUCUAUGCAGCAUCCUUCAUCAACCUGCUGUAUUAUCCAUUCAGCUACCUCUUCAGAGCUGCCCACGUCUUGAUGCCUCAUGAAUCCACGGUGGAACAUACACAUGUAGAUAUCAAUGAGAUGGAAUCCCCUCUUGCCACCCGGAAUCGCACAUCAGUUGACUUCAAAGAUACCGACUACAAGCGACACCAGCUGACCCGGUCGAUUAGUGAAAUUAAACCCCCCAACCUCUUCCCACUGGCCCCCCAGGAAAUUACCCACUGCCAUGAUGAAGAUGAUGACGAAGAGGAGGAAGAGGAAGAAGAAUAAGGAGGAAAACCAAAACUGAGCACCCAUUACACAAGCCUGGCAGGACUCACAGGAGCAAAGGAUGGGUUCUAGCGGUGGGUGGGGGAACCCCGUCAAAGGUAUAUCUGGAAAGUUUCUGAAGACUUUAAAAUAUUCUAAUCAGAGAGAGAUACUUUUUAGUUUUGUUUGCACUCUUUGCAGAUGGUUCAAAUUGUAAUGGAGUCUGUACAAAAGGAAAGUAAGGGUGAAGCCGGGCUGACCUGCAUGCAGAUGGCGCCAUCGUGGCUAUGACACUGUUCCCUUGUCUCGUUUCAUCCUCAGUAUGUACUGGAGACACCCGGGGUGGUGAAGAGUCUCAGAGUGGAGUAAGGGUGAUGGCAAGAGGUCCAAAAAUGAUGUUAUGUUACAAAUUGUGCUCUUACUCCAAAAUCCAUCCUGAAAUUUUCAGUGCAUUACACAGUAUUGUAUAUCGGUGGAGAAAUAUAUUGUUUCCAUUAUCAAAUGUAGUCUUCUGUUAAGGUCAAGAUUCCUUUUAUAAGCUUUGAAGUGUCCUCCGUGCCUCUGGGCAGACUGGGGGCUUCAGCGGCCUUGCACAAGAAUCGGGUUUGCUGUAGGGCUGGAAGGCACUGGAGUGAGUGAUUCUGUUUUGAGUUCUUCUUACAUUUUUUUUUUUUGAUGGCAGAAAUGCUUGUUAUCAAGAAAGUCUUUUUCUCAUCUGGGAUCAACCUAUAGAAAGAAUUUAGCCUCAAGAGGAAGAAGGCGCAAGCCCCAUGAAAAGAAAAGGAGGAGCCACCUCCUUCCAUUAGAGCAUAACUGAGUGAAUUCUGUAGUGUGGGCCGGUGUGGCUCGUGCUGCCCAGAGUUCCAGCCUUCUCUGUCCGCUAGGGUGGACUGCUGUAGUUCAGAGCCAAGCUGUAGAGGAUGGGAAGAGGGCUCUGUAAGUAAGUCAGUCAGAACCAUACUAGAGCAGAGGGCACGAUCAGUGUGAGUGAAUUCCGAAUCCGAAGAGCAGUCACUUGUUUUGAACAGGACUGGACCAUCACUGUGUACUUUCGGGUCUCGGACGGCCUCACAGGCGCAGUCCGAAUGGCCACAGCAGUUCCCACAGUAGUGUAGACUUGUACUUUACCCUUCGUCUACUCCUUCUGUUCUCACUGGUGAACACAGAGGGUAAAUUAGCUGCUCUAGAAUUCAAUAAAGUAUAAUAUUUCUAAUGCUGA